AUGUCAAAUUCAGACGCUACUUCACCAUUACUCAACAACACCAAUUCAGAUUCAUCUAAUCAAAAUGGUUUAUUUACUCAAUACAGUAAACACGUAGCUGUUAUAUCACUCCUCAGCCUAAUAUCAACUCCAAUACUCAUGAUUUUAAACUCUGGUAACUUUUUCUCGCCCUUCACCCUCCAUCCUAUCUUUCAAUGUAUCGCCAUUUCUCUAAUCGUGCUAUCAAUCCUAUCUUUGCAACCUACGUCAUCUGGUAAUUCAAAGUUAAAAGCUUUCGAUAAACACAGAAAGUUUAUCUCCUAUUUCAGCUUACCUUUCUUCCUCAUUGGCUCAUCCGCUAUGUUUUAUAACAAAUUUUCACACUCUGCCCCACACUUCACCACUUGGCACUCUACUUUCGGCUUAAUCUCUCUCUCUUUCCUGAUCCUUCAAGCCUCUGUUGGUAUUGCCUUCACUAUCCCCUCAAAAGAUUCUCCUAUUCUCCCUAAAUCCCUAUACAAAUACCACAGAUUGUCCGGUUACUUCGUCUUGCUCCCUCUCUUAGCUAUAACUGCUACUUUAGGUGCUGGUCACUCUACUUGGUCAUCCACUCAAGCUCCUUUGCCCGUCAGAUUGAUAUUUGUAGACACUGCUGCUAUUCUACUUGUCUUAUCUAUCUGGUCAGGCAUUCAGAAGCAUAAACUUGGUUUCUAA